AUGGAUACCUACGACGUCCUAGACGAUGAGACCGCCAACUUGAUCCUCCAACUCCAGAUAUCCGAUGGUCUCGAACUUUACGAGACCUUUGAGGGCAAAGGAAAACAUCGAGAAGGGGAGCUUUCGGACGCUCAAUUGGCCCUUCAAAUCUACACCGAAGACUUGAAGCGCCAUGCUACAAUUGCCUCAGAUAGGCAGAUGACUAAAAGCAUUGCUCGAGCAUGCCAGUCCGAUGAAGAAAUUCUGAUCGCAACUCAGUCCCAAGAACAAGGCGCAGCCAGUGACCGAGAGACUGCAUGCAGAUUGGGUGGAGUUGCACAGCAUACUCUAAUUGAGCCGUGGACAGUAGGAUCAGAGUUUUUGAAUGACGAGACGCUUGAGAAGCUGAAGGCUCUGUAUAUCUGUGCACCUGUAGAGGACGCCAACACUGGUGGCCAGACAUACCUUGGAAACGGAGACUCAACGCCCGAGUCUUCCGAAUGGGCUGCCUCACGGAAGGUCACAACUAGGCCCCCAAACGUCCAAUGUACCGCCUGCCAGGAUGACUUUCAGUUUUACGAUACAGCCCGCGCUCCCUGCGACCACGAAUACUGCCGCACUUGCCUCAAGGAUCUCUUCCGUGCCUCGAUCACCGAUGACUCGCUGUUCCCCCCGAAAUGUUGCGGCCAAACAAUUCCCGCUGGCUCUGUCCGUAUUCAUCUUACGGGUGAUUUAAUUCGACAAUAUGAAGCGAAGAAGAUCGAGUACGAGACUCCGGAUCGUACAUACUGCUCUAAUGUUCUCUGCUUUGCUUUCAUCCGCGUUGAGAACAUUCAAAAUGAGAGGGCAACUUGCCCGGCUUGCACAGAAGUCACGUGCACGAUGUGUAAAGGAAAAGCCCAUAGGGGAGACUGUCCCGCUGAUACUGCACUGCAGCUCGUGCUCGACACUGCAAAUGAAAACGGCUGGCAACGCUGCUAUAGUUGCCGAAGACUCGUCGAGCUUGACAUCGGCUGUAACCAUAUCACGUGCCCCUGUGGAUCUGAAUUCUGCUAUGUCUGUGCCCGACGCUGGAAGACUUGUUUAUGUCCGCAGUGGACCGAGGAUAGACUAUUCGAAAGAGCAAAUCAAGUCGUUGCUCGUCAGCCUGUGAGAGCUGAUCUACCGCAACGAAUUGCUAGGGUUGCGGCUGUAGCGGAAAAUCUUAGAACGAGGCAUAAUUGUGAUCAUGAGCAGUGGAGAUAUGCUCGAGGCCAGGCUCGAUGCGAGGAGUGCUAUCAUACAUUGCCUUCUUACAUUUUCGAAUGUCGGCAAUGUAAUAUACAGGCCUGUAAUCGAUGCAGGAGGAACAGGUUGUAG